CCCCAGGCUCCCCGCAGCUGCCCGGACCUCCCCCUGCACGUCCCGGUCCCGCCGCCCGCCCCCGCUGCGGCCACCUCGCCCGUCUCCCGCCCCUUCAAGCCACAGAUCAUCUUCGGAUUCUUCCCCAGAAGCUUCAAGUAGGGAUAUGUCCUCAGCACCAACUACUCCUCCAUCAGUGGAUAAAGUAGACGGAUUUUCUCGGAAGUCCGUCAGAAAAGCCAGACAGAAGAGGUCGCAAAGUUCCUCACAGUUUAGGUCUCAAGGCAAGCCUAUUGAGUUAACACCUCUGCCGCUGCUAAAAGACGUUCCAUCCUCAGAGCAGCCUGAACUGUUCCUAAAGAAACUUCAGCAGUGCUGUGUCAUUUUUGACUUCAUGGACACGCUAUCUGAUCUUAAAAUGAAAGAAUACAAGCGCUCCACUCUUAAUGAACUGGUGGACUACAUUACAAUAAGCAGAGGCUGUUUGACAGAGCAGACUUACCCUGAAGUAGUUAGAAUGGUAUCUUGCAAUAUAUUCAGAACUCUCCCUCCUAGUGACAGCAAUGAAUUUGAUCCAGAAGAAGAUGAACCUACCCUUGAGGCAUCGUGGCCACACUUACAGCUUGUAUAUGAAUUUUUCAUACGAUUUUUGGAAAGCCAAGAAUUCCAACCCAGCAUUGCCAAAAAAUAUAUAGAUCAGAAAUUUGUAUUACAGCUUCUGGAGCUAUUUGACAGCGAAGACCCUCGGGAACGGGACUACUUAAAAACAGUCUUACACAGAAUUUAUGGCAAGUUUCUUGGUCUUAGAGCAUUUAUCCGAAAACAGAUUAACAAUAUUUUUCUAAGGUUUGUUUAUGAAACAGAACACUUCAAUGGUGUAGCUGAACUGCUGGAGAUACUAGGAAGUAUUAUCAAUGGCUUUGCUUUACCUCUUAAGGCAGAACACAAACAGUUUCUGGUGAAAGUAUUGAUCCCUUUACACACUGUCAGGAGCUUAUCACUCUUCCAUGCACAGCUGGCAUAUUGUAUAGUACAGUUUCUGGAGAAAGAUCCUUCACUCACAGAACCAGUUAUUAGGGGGUUAAUGAAAUUUUGGCCUAAAACAUGUAGUCAAAAAGAGGUCAUGUUCCUUGGGGAACUGGAAGAAAUAUUGGAUGUGAUUGAACCUUCACAAUUUGUUAAAAUCCAAGAACCUUUGUUUAAACAAAUCGCCAAGUGUGUAUCUAGCCCCCAUUUUCAGGUGGCAGAAAGAGCACUCUAUUAUUGGAAUAAUGAAUACAUCAUGAGUUUGAUAGAAGAAAACUCUAACGUCAUCCUUCCCAUCAUGUUUUCCAGCCUUUAUAGGAUUUCAAAAGAACAUUGGAAUCCGGCUAUUGUGGCGUUGGUGUACAAUGUGUUGAAGGCAUUUAUGGAAAUGAACAGCACCAUGUUUGACGAGCUGACAGCCACAUACAAGUCAGAUCGUCAGCGUGAGAAAAAGAAAGAAAAGGAGCGUGAAGAAUUGUGGAAAAAAUUGGAGGAUCUGGAGUUAAAGAGAGGUCUUAGACGUGAUGGAAUAAUUCCAACUUAACAAAAACAAUGACAGCAACAUUACUAACCUGUGGAGUCACACGUUUAUGUAGUAGAAGAUGGAGCAACAGUUUUCUGUAUUGUGCAACUUUACAGUAGAUUUCACAUUUGUUUCAUUAUUACAACAGCACUGUAUAUACCUGUCUCUAAGUAAAGGAAAAAACAAAAUAAGGACUUCAAUCCAAAGUUUGGACAGUAGAUGGACUUCUCAGAACUUUGCAAACAUAAUCAUUGUUCUAACCCUCUUUUAAAAAAAAAAAUCGGUCUUCAAAGAUCUGUUGAUGAAAUUGCUAUGUUAAAAUUCCAUUAUCGGGAGUUCCUUAUUUAUCACUAGCAGAGAGUAUGAUACAAUUUUCAAAUGUGAACAAUCUUAAAUUUAGCUUGUCUUUCUGCUAAGCUGUUAAAUGUAUUUAUAGUAAAGGAAGAAAAAAAGACUGUCGUUUCCUUAUAAGUUUGUAUAACAUCCUCCUCUGGAUAACUUGACUGUAAUUUGAUAUCUUUUUCUUUUGCACAUCUUCCUGAGUUGAAUGUCCACGUGGAAUGGGGUCAUGAAUUAUAAAAGUCCCUGAUAAAAGUUUUGUUUACUGGGGUGAACAUCUUUCCAGUAACCAGGUAGUCCUGGUACUCCUUUAGUUUUAAAAUUAGGAGUUAAAAGAGAAGAGGUGAUAAACAUAGUAGGGAAGGGAAUAUCGGAUUCAUGCAUCAGUUUAUGGUGAAUCCAAAUCAAUGUCUUGAAUCCUUUGAAAACAGGCACUGGGACAUCACAGGCUUCAGUACCUGACCAGUAUUAGUUGCAUAUAUCAUUGAACACACAUACCAGAGAUGUUUUAGAAAUGCGAGAAAAACAUCCUUUUGGACCAUUUGAGAUAAGAAAGACAAACACUAAACAAUACAACCAUGAAAUUGAUUGCCGGGAUUGCAAAUCUAAUUGGGAAAAGAGUUGAGCAAACAGCUUGGACUGUUUGGAGUUGUUGCCUUACUUUUUAAUAUGUAUUUAUAAAGUAUUCCAGCAAAAGAGGAUGUAGCCUCUGGGAAAAAACAAACAUGUUACAGUGUUUUUUGUAGAUUCUCGUUCUAUAUCUCAUCACAGCGCCAGCCCUGUUUUUAGCCGGAAAGGAUUCAGGAUAAACAUUAUUAUGCAUUCUGAAUUGGAUGCAUAUUCCUAACUACUGUAUUUGUUACCAAAAGUGAUUCUACAAAUGCUACUGAAAAAAAUCUGGAAAUUCCUAAUGUCCUGAGUAUUAAUAAUAAAGUUUAAAAAUGCUUUUAUAUCAAAGGUGCAUCGUGACCAAAUUGUUUAAGAAAAAAAACAAAAAAACAAAAUCUAGGGCUGUAUUAUAUAUAUAUAUAUAUAUAUAUAUCUUAUUGGCUCUCUGCUUUGUAUUUAAAUGAAGAAUCUUACAUCUUGGGUAGGUAAACUGCUGAUAAAACUUGUGUACAGUAUGUACUUACCUAAUGCAGUUGCAUUAUUAUGUACUGAAAGAUACGUGUUUGGAGGUUUAUUUCCAGGAUGCAUUUGCUUGUUAUGGACAUGGCAGCAGUGAGUUGGUAAUCCUAAACCAUCACUUCCAGCAGUAUUCAUGGUAUAGAGCUGAUCCUGUGUUCAUAUGUUGAAUUGUGAUAGUAGCAAACAUGAACAUAUGAACUAUUGUUGCUCUUAAUAGAAAUACAAUAUAAAUAUGGGCUUGUAUAUUUUCUUCCUUACAUUUAAAUAUAAAGUAGAAUACGCAGUUUUAUUAUUUUCAAGAAAAAGAAAGAAAAGCUGCUGACCUUUCUCCCCCAUAAAGUUUUUCAGGAUGAUCAGGUCACAGUGUGUACGUAAGAGUCAGCUAAUUAUGGAUAUUGUCAUCUCAGUAACUUUGUAAAAAAACAAACAAAACUGGCAUUGUUAAUUCCAAAAAAAAAAAAAAAACCAGCAGUAAAAAAAAAAAAGUCAUAUGCAACACCAGACGCAACAUGGUUUAAUGGAAUUAAUAGUCUUUUUUUUUUUUUUAAAAAGAACAUUGAUGGGGAUUCACUGUAAAGUUGGCAGAGGCUGCCAAAGACAAAACAACUGACUUUAAAAAUGCUGGAACAAAGUGAUAAAAAAUAAAUUUGUAACAAAUCUUC